AUGGGGACUGUGGUGCCCGCCGUCGCCGGCUCACGCACGAAGAAAGCCUGGGACAGAUGGCAUGGACCUGAAGGCGACUUGAUAGCUGCAUAUCCGCACACCUACACUGCGGUGUGUGCUCUCUACGACGCGAGGUAUCCUGAGAUCGUAUCAGAGGUAACUCACCCCUUUAUGCGAGCUCUCCGCCGUGAGAUGAAGGUCCAUGAUAAGACGUGUGGCAUCUUCACCUCUGUCGGCCAGACGGAGACGCCCUCUCGGAUGGAGCUUUUGUGCUUCUUCUCCGCGGUUGAGGAUGAGGCCGAGGAAAAGCUCGGCGAUCUCGAAGCUCGUCUUAAAAAUCUCGCAAUCCCUCCGAGACACCCUCAAGCCCAACAAGCCGUCCACACCGUCAGCAAGGGCGUCAGUAUCAUUCGGGGCGUGGAGAAGCUGAGUGACCGUGCUGAGGGCGCUCUCGUAUCAUACUUGCUGCAGCAGGUCGCCCAGCUGGAGGCAGAGCCCAAGCGCAAUUACGACGAAGAGGCCCGUCUCAGCAACGCCCUCGAAGAGUGGCAAGACGCAGUGGAUGUCCAGCGUGACCAAUAUGAGGUGCAGUUGAAGAGCAAGACGGAUGAGACUGGAAGACUGCAGGAGGAAUUGAAGAAUCAGAAGCGAGUCGCAAAGGACGCGCUCAGAGCCCAAGCCAAGGCGGAGAAGGCCCGCGACGACGCCAUCGGUCGCGAGCAUGCGAUAAACCAGCAGUCCGCAGCCCGCGCGACGGAAAACAAUACACUGCAGAGUCAGCUCGACACAGCCACCAAACUGCAGCAAACCACCGACAAGACUCUGGAAGACACGAAGACAGCGCUCGAGCGGAUGAAAGGUCAAGUAGAGGACAAGCAGAGCGAACUGGAUGAUGUCGAGAGCCAGAUGACCAGUCUGGAGGAUGAUGUUUCGGAUCUACGCGACAGCAAGCAGACGAUUGUGAACAACCUGGACGCUGCGUUGCGCCGACUGGAGGCAAAGGAGAGCGAGCUGACCUCUGAGCGCCAGAAGAGCCAGAAGCUGGUAUUGGAGGGCGCAGGUGAACAGCGGGAACUCGUCAGCAAGAUCACCGGCCAGCACAACGAAGCUGUCCGCCUCCUCCGUGCGCAGCAGGAUCAACUCCUCUCCGCCGCAGAGAGCGGCCGUGCCAGUGACAAGAAGCACCACGACGCCACCGUCCGAGCGUCGCGCGAGGAGAUUGACGGCCUCCGGCAGAUUGAGGAGGCUGUCAAGCAGCAGCACGGUCGAGACUUGGAGACCCUUCGAGACAAACACCAGAAAGACAUCUCAGCAUGGACCGAGAACCAGAACUUGCUUCGUGACCGUCUCCAAAGCACGUACGAGAGCCAACUCACUGAGGUAAGGAACAUGAAGGAUGAGGUCGUUCGUCUGGAGAGGGAGAAGCGGCAACAGGUCGCCAAGGACGCGAGAUUGACGGAGGAUAAAGUCAUCAAGUUGGAGGUGGAGGUGGAGUCUUUGCGUGGCGAUGUCAAUCGAGGAGAUGUCCAGAUUCACGACAUCAAGCAGCAGAGGGACGCCUUGCAGAAGGAGCAAGUCAAUCGGCAGAAGACGCACGAGCGACUGCAGUCGGAGCUUCUCGGCGGCGCGGAGCGGCUCUCAGAGGCUCGUGAAGCUGCUCGUGAGGCUAUCGCUGCGAAGCUUGCCAAUGAGAACCGCCUUCGCGACCAGGAGAGAGCAAUCAACCAGCACGGAAGGGAGGUGGCCGAUCUUCAAGAGGCAGUGCAUGCAGCGCAGGAGAAUGCGAAGAGACUUGUUGGGCUCGAGCUGGACAAGGUCGACAAGGCCGCUGCAGAGCACGAGAGGGACCUGAAGGAUGCCCGUGACGAGGCACGCAAGGACAUCGAAGGUCUGCGUCAGGAGUUGAGGGAUGAGAGGUCGCAGGCCGCAGAGCGGUUGAAGUCGGAGACGGAAGAGUUGUGUGGGGAGCUCAAGGGCAUGCGCGAUGAGCGCGACGGCCUGUCGGUGGAGCUGGGGAAUGUCAGAGGAGAAAGCAACGCACGCCAACAAGCCGUCAACCGCAUAACUCUGGAGCGAGACGGUCUCCGCACACGUGGCGAAAGGCUGCAAGAACAGAUCAACGCCGUUGACAAGUCUAACGAGAGCCUCAAGACGUUCGGUCGGGAGAACAUUGACUUCUACAACAAGAUUGAGAAGCGCCUGGACAAGGCGCAGGAAGAGUUGGGCUUUGCCCAGGAACGUAUUGUUGCGCUUACCAAGGAAGUGUCCACCACGACUGGCGCGAAGGAGACGUAUGAGAGGCUGUAUGAUGGAGAACGGCGCGCUCACGACACUACGAAGGACAACCUAAGCGCAGGGCUCCACCGCGAGGAGGAUUUAUCAAACCAGCGAGAGGCAGAUCAGCAUGCCGCGGAAGAGCGAGAGAUUCAGUUUGUCCGCCAAGCCAACGACCACUGUUUCGCCCUGAACGGCCAGAUCAGGACUGCAGAGGAGCAGAUCACGACGCUCAACAACCGGCUGGAUGCUGUUGUUGUCGACAGGGAUCUGCACAAGGACCUCUACGACCUCAUGAGCAACGACUUGGAGAAAGAGAAGACGAGGUACCAGGCUGGGAGGCGUGAGAAUGUGUUGCUUGAUCUGGAGAUUGCAAGGGUGAGCGGUCAGCGGGAUUUCCUGGAGCGCCGUGUCGGCGAGAUAUUGCAGAAGCGCACUGAUCCUCUGCAUGUGGAGAUCAAGCAGCUGCAGAACCAGAAGAUUGUUUUGCAGAAGGAGCAUGAUGAGGCUGUCGAGGAGACGAACCAGGCUCAUGACCAAGUGGUGGAGAAGUUGGGUGCGCAGCAUUUGCAGGCAAUGCAGGUGUUGCAGAAGAAGGAUGUGGCGUAUCAGAAGCUGAUCUUCAAGAUGGGUCGUGAUCUGAAUGAGGCGACGGAGGUGAUUGAGGAGAUGAUGGGGUGA